AUGACUUCCGUAUGUAACGCGAAUACGGGGAAUUUGCGCAAUAAGGCCGACACAAACUCCACACAAAGGCGCAAAUGGCUCUGCUGUCCCUACAGUGGGAAAGGAAUUGAUUCGAACUUUCUAAGUCACAAGGAAACGUACAAUAGAAGAUACCGGGACAAAAAUUUCGUCAAAAUUGUCCCGAUCGAAGUCUCCAAUGAAGUCCAAACGGAAGCAGACUCGGAUGCCAACAACCAUGGUGGCGCUAAUACCAAUGAAAAGACAACCGCCCUCAGGCUUCAAGAGGACUAUAUUUCCAAAAAAUCAAAAAGAAAAGGGGAACCAGUACCACCGCCCAAAGUGCAAAACACUGUGUGUCGUCUGCUUGGUGUUUCACCCAAGAACUACACCAACAUUGUAUCGCAAUACCUCAUAGACGGCUCUAUUUAUCCAAGUAAUGCAGGAUGUGACGGGAGGGGUGGAAAUAUGGACCGGAAAGAGACUCGAAUCCCUCGUACGAAAAAUGUUACAAUUGCCAUCCGUGAAUUUGUUCGUACGGAGCGGAAGAAUCGGAAACGGGUGACUGCUCGGCAGAUAUUGGAUUUCCUGGCUAGAAAAGGUAUCCUACGUAUACCAGUUGAUCAGAGAACAGGAGUUUACGAGAAAACUGAGUUCCGGGCGGCAUUACGGAAUGUGCAACGGUUUGUACAAAGCCAGGGCUACCGGAGGGGUCGUCGGAACAACAUAGCCCCAGAUCCGUCACUGAUCAUAAAACGCCACGAGUACCUACAAGCAUUCUUUGAUAAUGAAGCAUUGCCAAAAGAGGAAAGGCUCCGCAAUGUUUACAUGGAUGAGAGUUACAUCCAUGAGCAUUAUAAUAGGAGUGAUGAUAGCCUUUGGGAUCCGAGCGACAACUUGGAUAUUCAAUUUGACCCAUUGGUAGACAACCCCGGAAUUGCAUCAGAAAUGGCUGGGCUGGUGCCAGGAACAGUGUGGGCCUUCUGCCCCCAGCAGAAGCGUAGCCACCAAGGGGACUACUACAAAGUUUUCAAUGGUGAAAACUUUCUGGCCUGGUGGAAAGAUCAGCUGCUCCCCAAUUUACACCAGCAUUCUCUUAUCCAUAUGGAUAAUGCGGCAUAUCACAAAGUAUAUGGGAGUCAUGUGCCCAAGUGGGGAAAGCUACGGAAGCAGGAGUGCAUUGAUUUCCUGUCGUCAAAGGGAAUUGAGGUUGAGGCAAGAUGCCCUGCUGUUGUGGUCAAAGCCCGGACAAAAGAGUGGAUCCUUGCCAAUGAAAAGUUUGAGUGUGUCAGGUUAGCAGAGGAACAAGGACAUAAAGUUCUUUUCACACCACCAUAUCAUAGCGAUCUUCAGCCAAUUGAGUUGACAUGGGCUCGGAUUAAAGGAAACAUUGGCAGACAGUACAGUGUUGGUACAACACUGGCACUAGUACAUGAGCGAUUGCUUCAUGAGUUCAAAAACUUGGAGGAGUCAGGGCAUGGUGCCAUCCAAGGUAUGAUCAACAAGUGUGUCAGGAUCGCAAAAACAUUUUAUGACGACAUGCCAGAGGAGGAGUUAGCAGAGGAGGCUUUAGAAGAUGAGGAAGACGACGAUUAUGGUGACUACGAAGCGGGGUUUGACGAGGGUGUACCGCAUGAAAACACUUUAGACGAAAGCAUAGUCGGAGAAGAGCUAGAGGAUGUAAUUUUUGCGGCUAACAAAGACGUUGCCAUAGAGAACGAAGACAUUGAAGACGUAGUAUCGGUAUAA